GACGACGACAACCGAUCCUCGUUAAAUUCUAUGCUGCGGUAACGCUGAGCAGCGAUUGGCCUCAUCACAAUCAGCCAAUGGCGAUACCUUCGUCUCUGACGACCGCCGACGCUAGGCCCCUGGAGCAGGAACCUGCUUAUCAUCCAUGCGCACCGGUUCCAUCUGCAUCACUUGCUGAAAUACAAGGACGGAUCGUAGAUCGUGCCGCCCUCGCAACACUUGGCGGUCUCCUCAAUUACAUGAGCACAGCGAGAGACUGACGAUACUUUCUCCUCUUUCUCCCUUCCUCUUCCAGUACUCGGGUCAGCUACGAUGGGUUGCAUUCCUAGCAAAAACAAGGUCCUUGAGGCCGAUUCAUCAGCGCCCCUUGCGAUCAAGACCCAGACGAAGAAGCAGAAGAAGCAGAAAAGGGGCCUUGAAUCACCAGAAAUAGGGGAGGAUGCGGCACCUUGGGUCCACGGACCAGGCCGAGUGCUGUCGGAGAAGGACGGAAUGGUCGUCAUCACCGACUCCCGUCCUUCAUGACAUCUGGCGAGCGAGACGAUUCUUACAUCCUCAUCCAUUGGUCCUGGAGAUCGCUCUGUACAUAUUUCCCAUGGACAUACCAUGGAGCACACUUACCCAUUCGCACAUUCCUUUGCUCGUCCCUGCCGUCGCAUGCAUUCGUCUGUAUAUCAGCUCACAUGUCUCCC